AUGAAGUGGAUAAACAAAACUCGUUUUCCAUACGCACUGCCAAUUUUUCAAUUAACGAAUUCGAGUACAUCAUAUAGACGUUAUGACCGCACAUUCAAAUGCACAGGAGUUUUGGUCCAUCCUAAUGCAGUUCUCACUUCUUCGCUUUGUAUAAAAGAUGAUGAAUCGUAUGUAGUCGCAUCUAAUAUGGUACGUAUAAGCGCAGGCAGAUAUGAAAGACUUCCUUAUGUCAGCCAUCACAGACUAUAUCCUGCUGUACAUAACGCAUUCUACGAAUUAGCAUCUAUUACAAGUGAAUAUAAAAACAUUACUACGGUUGAAAAGGAAAUAAUACCUGGUAUGGCUAUUUUAUUUUUUGACAAUGCAAUAAGAAAUGUUCGACCUGCUGCAGUUGAUCAAUCACCAAAAAGAUAUAAAAUAUAUUCAAAAGAAAUUGAUAGAAUGUGCGUGAGAGUUUCUUUGAUAAAAGAUUCUAAAAACAAUUUAAAUUUUACAGAAAUAUUUUCUGAAAAAUUCCCAGAAAAAUUUUCGUCUUAUUCUGAAUUUGAAGGUGCAUACAUCCGUUUUGAAAAUAAUUCAAUCGACAAAAACAUUUCAGACAUAACCGUUAAUGAUUUUGUGACUGUCAUUGCUACUUUAAAUAAUGAAACAUCGAGCUCAGAGGCUCUCUUAGGAAGUCCUCUUGUUUGCCGAGGUGAGGAUAAUGUUCCGGUAGUAACUGGAUUGUUAAUAAAUACUUCAUAUGAUGGAUUGAAAAUGUACGGAAUCGUCGGAGAUAUGGAACGGUGGAUAAACUCUAAAGUAAAUGAAUUUAGAACCCGCACUGAGCAUUUACCUUAUUCACAGUUUGACGUACAAGAAAUAAUGUAUGAAUAUGAUUUGUAGUCAUUUUUUCUGUACUUUCAUUCUGGUAUCA